AUGUCGUUGAACGGAUUAAACCAUGAUGAGUGGGUCAAUGGGUUUCAAGAUGUCUUCAAGAUCUUUUUCACAAUAUAUGCGUUGGCAAAGAUUAUGCAAGUUUGCUUCUUGGGAUAUGGCUCAGAUCUCGAUUCGGCACCUCAGGGUCUCUCGUAUUGGAUCCAACGCGCGGAGACAGAAAUUCGGACGGACUCCCUCGCUGAACUCAUCGAAAUCGUCGAAAAUCUGUUCUACACGCUCUAUGCCAGAAUCAUGCUUGAGCUUGCAGGAACGGAAUUGUGCUCCCUCUUUCCGAUUACUGAGCGGCCAGUAAGGAGCAAGUCGCUAUAUUACCUGCCAUCACCGUCCCGGCUGCACCGCAUCUUUUUGGCGUUCAAGGACAUCCUGGAUUGCCCGGAUAUUUGCGAGAAUCUUCAUCUUGAGCUCAUGACCCAAUACUUAGAAUCUUACAUUCGUCGUCUGAUAUGCUCCGACGCCCGGAAAGGACGCCCAGGAUCUGGAGAUACUCUGGGAUAUUAUCAGCAUGCCUUGGCGAUUGCUCGGGACCGUGAGUCUGAUUUUCGCAAGAAAUGGGACAGCCUCAUGGAGUGCUUCGCUGAUUUCCCCCCUCAAACUAUCACGUCUCUGUCAGAUAAGUAUCUGACAGUUCUUCCACGGGCAAUUCCUACGAUUGAGACGGCAACUUCUGAUCUUCCUUUUGUCAAUCUCAAAAUGCUUUCCCCGGAAUCCUGGGACCAAAUUAUGAUUGAAGAGCAUCGGUACAAUGCGUUAGCUCAACUCGAAAGCCGAACUGUCGGUGAAUAUCGUCGCAUGGACCCUAACUGCAAUCUCCUGGAAGAGUUGAAAUAUCACAGAUGCGUCUGCAGCUCAAUUUGCUCAUGCGCGAAAGAUUGUACCUAUGAUACGGAACGUGCCUGUCCAUGUUCUGAGUGGCAGAUGCAUUUGCAACUGGUGACCAAUCGCAAGACGGCUGGACCUCAUGACUUUGCGACACGGGUCAACACGAUCGCUCUUGCCUGUUUCCAAGGACUCAACUUUCUCAAAAAGGAAAUCAGCGAUCAUGACUUGAUUAUGGAGAUCCAGAGUAUCUUCAAAGUAAUUGAGUUAGAGGUCCAGAAGGAACGUUCGAAUGGCAAGCUGGCUCCUCGCCCUGAUGCUGCGCCUUGA